AUGGCUCCCACUGCAAUUCCCACACCUCACCCUGAGGAAUCAGCCAGUACAUUGGAGCAUACCAGCAUUUUCCACAAGAAGGGCGCCGACCUCCUCAACUUUGCUGUGGGAUCAAAGAGUGGCAAGAGCACGAUCCCCAAGAUUCCCGACUUCAAUACAAAGGAGGAGGAACGCCAAUAUGCCAAAGAGCACCUCGCGUGUGCGUUCCGUGUGUUUGCUGCCAACGGGUUUGACGAGGGCCUAAGCGGCCACAUGUCGCUCCGUGAUCCCGUCGAGCCCAAUACCUUUUGGAUCAACCCAUACUCUAUGCACUUUGCCGACAUCACUGUCUCGGAUCUCGUCCGGGUCACAGAGGAGGCCGGGGUCAUUGAUGGCAUCCACUCCGUCAACGCGGCCGGGUUCGCAAUUCACUCAGAGAUUCAUCAAGCGCAUCCCUGGGUGAACGCAGUCUGCCAUGCCCACUCUACCGCCGGCAAAGCCUUCAGUGUGUUCGGCAAACCCGUUGCUCCCCUGAUGCAGGAUGCACUCAAGUUCUACAAGCGACAAAGCAUACUCCAUGAGUACCAUGGUCCCGUCUUGAACACGGACGAGGGCAAAGCCAUUGCCGCAGUCAUCCACCAAGAUACCAACAUGGUUAUCCUCCGAAACCAUGGCUUAUUAUCCAUCGGAACCAGCAUUGAUGAGGCCUGCUAUUGGUUCACGGCCUUUGACCGGUGCUGCCAGGCUCAGCUUCAUCUAGGAUUCUGGGGGCCAGACAACGAGGCUGCUCCCGCUCCCAUCGCAGCCGGCACUGCUUCGGCUACCGCCAAACCGUCCAAGCCCUUGACGGGCCAGGAGCGUGCUCAGGCUUUGAUGCGCAAUGGCCAAGACCGCCCUCUCGAUGUCUUCACCUACGGAGGAUACCCCUUGUCAGGCCACCAGAGCAAGCCAGUGAAGCAGAUACGCAUCCCCAAGUUCGCUUCGCCAGAGGCUGAGCGUGAGUGGCGCAAGCUACACCACGCUGCCGCCCUGCGCUGGUUGGGGUUGAAUGGCUACAACAACGAGGGCGCCGGUGGCCAUGUCACUGUCCGCGAUCCGAUCCUACCUGACCACUUCUGGAUCAACCCCCACGGAGUCUCCUUCACCCACAUGAGGCCCGAGGAUCUCUGCCUCGUGAACGAGCUGGGCGAGGUGGUCGAGCCCGGGAACAUGCACGCCAUCAACCCGGCCGGGUUCUCCAUCCACGUCGCAGUCCACAAGGCUCGCCCCGAUGUCGUGGCCGCCUGCCAUUGCCACUCUGUCCCGACCAAGGCCUUCUCUGCCCUCGGUUGCACCCUCGAGCCCAUCAACCAGGAUGCGUGCCGCUUCUACGAGGAUCACAGCAUCUACGAGAGCUUUGGCGGUGCCGUACUGGCUCACGAGGAAGGUCAGCGGAUCGCCAAGGCUUUGGGUAACAACAAAGCCGUCAUUCUCUCUAGCCACGGCAUCCUGACGGUUGCGAAGACGGUGGACGCCGCUACGUUCCUGUUUGGCGCCAUGGACCGCUGCAUCCAGGCUCAGUUGCUCGCGGAUGCUGCCGCGGCUGGUCGUGGGACCCCCACCAUUAAGGUCAGCCACGAGGCGGCCCAGUUCACACAUCGCGUCCCUACGGAUGAGAUGGAGUAUGUCAUGUUCCAAUCAUGUUUUGAAGAUGCUGUUCGGGCUUCAAACGGUGAACUCAAGAUGCACGUUGACGGCGAGCUACCGCGAACUGAUUGA